GCUUAUGUCAUAACUAUUGUUGUUUGGAUGUAUUUCUCACGCAGUUUCACAAAGAUAAAAUAAAAUGAAAACAAAGGGGAUAUUUUUUAUUUUUUUCCCUUUUUUCUUUAUUCUUUUUAUUUUUCUCUAACCCUCCCCUUUUCUCUUAAAUAAAAGUAUAAAAAUGUACUCACCCAAUCAACAAGACUAUAACCUUGAAAGUGAUCACUUUACGAAUCAAGGUAUGUCGGGUACACCACACACAACAGUCGGAGCGGUUCCUGUAGUACAACGCAACAAUAACAGAUUAUUUAAUCCAUCACACUAUCAUCAACGUCAAAAUUCAUUUGGUACGGUUGCUUCUGCCAUGAGCCCUCCUUCACAUCGUAACGCAGGUAUGGCCUUUUCAAACGAGAAUCAACAAAACUGGUUUGGAACAAGUAUGGAUUCAAAUGGCUCCUCUUUUGGUCAAUCUCCUAUCUUUCAUGGUAAUAACAGAGAUUUGAUCGUCUCUCCCUCUACCUCAUCUAGUCAUCUUGAUGGCUUUACAGGUAAUGAUGAGGAUGAAGGUCAACAAAGAAACUUGCAAGAAAUGUUUGAAAAGAGACGCCGGAGAAGAGAGUCUCAUAAUGCAGUUGAAAGAAGAAGAAGAGAUAAUAUCAACGAACGUAUCCAUGAAUACUAUAGUUGAUGAAACGAAGACAGAAAAUGUGAUACAUGCUCUCUGAGCCACGCUUUAUUUUUCCUUUUUUCAAUAAACAAAUAUGUCCC